GCCUGCCUUGGCCUCCCAAAGUGCUGGGGUUACAGGCGUGAGACACCGCGCCUGACCGAGAGGCACACAUUCUGCCAAGAGCGUUUUCCUGACUCCCCUGACUCCAAAAGGGAUUUGUCACUCCUUAGCUUUGUACUCAUGGCUGAAGUAGAGUGAAUUUAAUUUGAGUUUAGUUGUUUUUGAGACUAUCUCCCUGGCUAGUGUAGUGUGUUAUUUAUCUUUGUUGUGAUCAUGGCCUGCACCGAAUAGAUGAUCAGUAGAUGUUUGCAAACAAGGCACCAUGACUCCUGUGAGGACGCAGCACUCCCUGGCAGGUCAGACCUAUGCCGUGCCCCUCAUCCAGCCCGACCUGCGGCGAGAGGAGGCCGUCCAGCAGAUGGCGGAUGCCCUGCAGUACCUGCAGAAGGUCUCUGGAGACAUCUUCAGCAGCCAGCGGCUGUGACACAUCAGGCCCCGUCCCGGAUGCUGGACACAGCAGUGAAUGAGACAGACUUUGCAGGCUGCAGGAUCUCCCAGCGGGUAGAGCAGAGCCGGAGCCAGGUGCAGGCCAUUGGAGAGAAGGUCUCCUUGGCCCAGGCCAAGAUUGAGAAGAUCAAGGGCAGCAAGAAGGCCAUCAAGGUGUUCUCCAGUGCCAAGUACCCUGCUCCAGAGCGCCUGCAGGAAUAUGGCUCCAUCUUCACAGGCGCCCAGGACCCUGGCCUGCAGAGACGCCCCCGCCACAGGAUCCAGAGCAAGCACCGCCCCCUGGACGAGCGGGCCCUGCAGGAGAAGCUGAAGUACUUUCCUGUGUGUGUGAGCGCCAAGCUGGAGCCUGAGGACGACGCCGAAGAGGGACUUGGGGGUCUUCCCAGCAACAUCAGCUCUGUCAGCUCCUUGCUGCUCUUCAACACCACCGAGAACCUGUACAAGAAGUAUGUCUUCCUGGACCCCCUGGCUGGUGCUGUAACAAAGACCCAUGUGAUGCUGGGGGCGGAGACAGAGGAGAAGCUGUUUGAUGCCCCCUUGUCCAUCAGCAAGAGAGAGCAGCUGGAACAGCAGGUCCCAGAGAACUACUUCUAUGUGCCAGACCUGGGCCAGGUGCCUGAGAUUGAUGUGCCAUCCUACCUGCCUGACCUGCCCGGCAUUGCCAACGACCUCAUGUACAGUGCCGACCUGGGCCCUGGCAUUGCCCCCUCUGCCCCUGGCACCAUUCCAGAACUGCCCACCUUCCACACUGAGGUAGCUGAGCCUCUCAAGACAGACCUACAAGAUGGGGUACUAACGGCACCCCCACCACCUCCACCGCCCCCACCACCUCCCCCAGCUCCUGAGGUGCUGGCCAGUGCACCCCCACUCCCACCCUCAACGGCGGCCCCUGUAGGCCAAGGCGCCAGGCAGGACAACAGCAGCAGCGCGUCUCCUUCAGCCCCAGUCCAGGGAGCUCCCAAGGAAGUGGUCGACCCCUCUGGUGGCCGGGCCACUCUGCUGGAGUCCAUCCGCCAAGCCGGGGGCAUCGGCAAGGCCAAACUGCGCAGCGUGAAGGAGCGAAAGCUGGAGAAGAAGAAGCAGAAGGAGCAGGAGCAAGUGGGAGCCACGAGCCAAGGUGGGGACCUGAUGUCGGAUCUUUUCAACAAGCUGGUCAUGAGGCGCAAGGGCAUCUCUGGGAAAGGACCCGGGGCUGGUGAGGGGCCCGGAGGAGCCUUUGCCCGCGUGUCAGACUCCAUUCCUCCUCUGCCACCACCGCAGCAGCCGCAGGCAGAGGAGGAUGAGGACGACUGGGAAUCCUAGGGGGCUCCAUGACACCUUCCUCCCCCAGACCCAGACUUGGGCUGUUGCUCUGACAUGGACACAGCCAGGACAACCCGCUGAGACCAGCUUCCCUGGGAGCGGGUGGUGAUGGAACCAGCACUGUGCGGAGACCACCUGCAAGGAGCGGAAGGCUGGCCUGAGGCCACACGGCUGGGGCGGGGGCUUCUAUCUGCCUGUGCUCCACAGGGGGCGGCUCCACCCAGCCUGUACCAGUGUGUUCUUCUCUUCUCUAAGGAGGCUUCCAGAGAAAGCAGGACACAAAUCAAUAAGGAACUGAGCAGAAACCAACAGCGUGCUUUUAAUAAAGGACCUCUAGUUGUGCAGGA